AUGUCUUGCUACGACCUGUGCUCCCCCACUGCCUGCGGCGUCUACCGCCCCCAGCCCAUCGCUGACAGCUGCAACGAGCCCUGCGUCCGCCAGUGCCCUGACUCCACCACCAUCAUCCAGCCACCUCCUGCCGUCGUCACCUUCCCCGGCCCCAUCCUCAGCUCCUUCCCCCAGGGUUCCGUUGUGGGAUCCUCUGGAGCCCCCAUCCUCGGGGGCUAUGGGGGCUAUGGCUCCGGGAGCUUUGGGGGCUCCGGGGGCUUUGGUGGCUCUGGAGGCUUUGGUGGCUAUGGAGGCUACGGAGGCCUGGGUGGCUACGGAGGCCUGGGGGGUUAUGGGGGCUAUGGCUCCUCCCUGGGUGGCUACGGAGGCCUGGGGGGUUAUGGGGGCUAUGGUUCCUCCCUGGGCUAUGGGGGCUCUUCCCUGGCCUGUGGGGGUCUGUAUGGCUCCGGGGGCAGCUCCCAGGGUUACAGGGGUCUGUAUGGCUCUGGUAGAUCCUAUAGCUCUGGCUCUUGCGGCCCUUCCUCCUACCAGUACAGGAGGUACCGCCGUGGGAGCUGUGGGCCCUGCUAAAUCCUAAAGAAAUACCCCAAGUGAGGUAUAACCACCAAACGAGUUGGGAUAGUUUCACAGUUAAAGUGAUCUGAGUCUCCACUGCUCUUUUCCAAAACCAGGGGCUGUACCCUUUCAACCCCUCUUGAUUUUCUUCUCUUAACUUCUACUUUCAAUUUCUGCCUUAAUGCUUCUCCUGUCAGGUCUCCAUAUUGUCUGGGGGAAAACCUGUAACAAAGCUGCUCAAAAUGGUUCCUUUUUGUUCAAACUACCAGCUAAGACUCAGGAAGAAAAAAAUAAUCAACCGUAUAUGAAUGCAUCCCUGGCUGGAGAACAGUUUCAUACUUGUUGCAGACUCUGAAAAUGUAUUCUUAUACUCAUUAAAAGUUUAUUGCA